CACACUGGGAUCCGCGGAACUGGGAUUACACAAUACUACGCUGGAUGAAGCGACGCCAAAUAACGUAAUAUUUAGCCCCGGUGUGCUUUUUGCCUGUAGGAUCCCCGCCAGAAACCCCUGGAAAAGCGAUGGGAAUCGUUUAGAGUAGAAGUUGGGUGGGGUUUGUUGUGACAACAUGACAACCUUCACCAUCAGCUCGAAACAGAAAGUAGCUUUUUGGCUUUGUUAAAUCAGUAAACCACAAUGUCCAUUAAUUACUCCCAGUCGAUAUAAUCUCUCUGCUGACCUUUAAGUGACGUUUGUUAACAUUACGCGCUGUCCCGUGGAUGUAGUUUAAACAAGGAGUAUUAAUAAUAUCCAACGAAAUCAGAUGUUGCUGGAAUCUUACACAUUAUGAAGAGCACGUACAAAAUCGUUCUAAGUUUGCUAAUAAUGUGUGGAGUGUUUGGUGUUGAAACAGAAGAAAUGAAGUCAGUGAUUGAGGGAGAUUCUGUCACUCUGAACCCUGAUCUUUCUAAAAUACAAGGAAUGGUCCUGCUACUGUGGAGGUUUGGAGAGAAAGGUUCCACCAUCGCUCAGAUUGAUGGAAAUGAUAUCUUAUAUGAAGAUUAUGAGGUAUUUAGAGGCAGACUGCUGCUGGAUCAGACUGGAUCUCUCACCAUCACAAACGUCAGAACCAAUCACUCUGGACUUUAUAAAGCAGAAGUCAGCCACAACAGUGGAACCUCAUAUAUUAUGUUCAGGGUUACUGUCUAUGAGUCUCCAUCUGUUAUUGCUGGAGCUGAAGCUGAAAUGAAGCUUAUGUCAGUGAAGGAGGGAGAUUCUGUCACUUUUCAUGUUCCUCAAAUACAAGGAGAUGAGCUGAUAGUGUGGAGGUUUGGAGAAGAAGGAAAACUCAUAGCUAAAGCUGAUAUAGAGGCCAAGAGAUCACCAUUAUAUUAUGAUGAAGAGAGAUUCAGAGACAGACUGAAGUUGGAUCAGACUGGAUCCCUGAUCAUCACAAAGACCAGAACCAUAGACUCUGGACACUAUACAGUGAAAAUCAGCAGCAAAAAACAGACUUUAUACAAGAUAUUCACUCUUACUGUCAGUGAACCAGGUCUGUCUGGAGGUGUUGUAGCAGUGAUUAUUGUUGUUGUUGUUGGUGUUCUCCUGGUGACUGCAGCUGUUUGUGCUUUUUUUUAUCAUCGCAAGAAAACUGAACAAAAUGAUCAAAAGACAAAAAUCUUUGAAACACUAAAUGAAACAUUGGAUAUAUCUGGAAAACUAAAGCAAAUGUCCGAGAUCUCCACACAACUAAAGCAAAUGACGGAGGACUGUGAAAAAGAAUUGUCUGAGAUAUCUGAACACCAUCAAACAUUGAAGAUCUCUGAAAAUCUAAAGGAAAUGUUGGAUAUAUCUGAACAACUAAAGCAAAUGUCGAAUGACUGUGAAAAAAAAUUGUCCCGGAUCUCUGAACGACUGAAGCAAAUGUCUUUGACAAAGAAAGGGGAGACCUCUGAACAGGAAACACGUACGUAUUACAACUGAUACAGCGAAAUGAGUUAAAUAAGAGAAGUUAAACAAGAAUUAGACCGUGCUGUGUAAAAGUGUAAAGUGUAAAAACAGUAGUCAGAUCAUUAGAGCCCUCUGCAUUUGAUAUAAUACAUAAUGUACAUAAGUUAUGAUUAUAUUGUUUUAUUACAUUAUGUAUUUGUCCUUUUUUGUCCGAUAAAACCAUAUGAUUAUUUGCUUUUGACUUCAUCUGAAACCAUUAUUAUUGCCUAAUAUGACUUAUUAUUAAGUCAUUUUGAAAUCUAUUGUUUGCUUAAAUUGUCUGAAAAUUAUCUAAAAAAAAAAUCUGAAUACUUAAUUAAUCAUCAGAAUAAUCAAAUGAUUACUCGAUUACCAAAAAAAAGGUUAGUUAAAGCUGUAUUCAUUAGUGUACUGAAAUUAUACUUUUACUAUGAAACAUUAUUCCAGAUGAUUUAUUUAAAUGUGUGAGUUAAACUAGUGUCGUCUUACAUAGACAAACCUUUGAGUUACGCCAAAGUCUGAGCUCUCUCCGCCGGCGAUCAAUCACAGUUUGUUUUGUUCAAUGAACAUAAAAACAUAGGUUGUUUAUUCAAGAUCGGCAUGCUAAUGCUAAUAAAAAAAAACAGGUGAAUCAAAAACAUAUCUGAUGUGAAUAGCUUGAGGAUGCUCAUUUCCACACCUGACAACUGUUAACUGAUAAGAUUAGAAUAUUAAAUUAAUAUAAAAAAAAACAAUGAAUGAAACGAAACAAAACGAAAACACAUACCAUGUAUUUUAUGAUGCCUUUUUUACAGCAUUGUAUCUUCACAUAGAAUACAGAAGAAGAACAGGCUCUUCACC